AUGUCUCAAAGGGAUACCGCAAUACACCUUGUAGCCGGAGGACUGGCAGGAACUGCUGGAGCUGUGGUUACAUGUCCAUUAGAAGUGGUGAAGACUCGACUCCAAUCAUCAAAGGGUGUUGGUGUACCACCUCCACCUCAUUCCGGAACUGCCAGCACUAGGAGAAUUUGUUCAAAAAUUCCAAAACAUCAGGAGGCCAAAUGGGGCUACAGACGCACGAUGGGCGCAAUGUUCGCAUACAGCAAGCAAGCAGAUCGCAUGCUGAUGUCAUACAAUUACCAGGUGCAGCAGUGCGCUAGAGCUGGACACGCCCGGACUUCGCGGAUAAGCCUCAUACAGUGCAUCAGACACAUUGUUCAAACUGAGGGUCCUCGUGCACUAUUCAAGGGUCUAGGGCCGAACUUGAUUGGGGUGGCUCCAUCUAGGGCGAUAUACUUCUGCACAUACUCUCAAGCGAAGGCGAUUUUAAAUCAGCAUAUACCACCAGACACACCUGUUGUACAUCUUUCCGCAGCCAGCGCUGCAGGAUUCGUUUCGUGUACAAUGACAAAUCCAAUUUGGUUCGUAAAGACGCGGCUACAGUUGGACGGACAGAACAUAACGGCAUUGCAGUGUAUUAAGAGGAUAUACGCCAAAACGGGUAUAAGAGGUUUCUAUAAAGGCAUAACAGCUUCGUACAUGGGUAUUAGUGAGACAGUGGUCCACUUCGUGUUAUAUGAAGGUGUGAAAGCGAGGCUGAUCGCAGCCAGAAGUCUAGACGGAGUGCCAAACGAUCAGCGCUCGCCUAGGGAUUUCCUUGAAUUCAUGGGCGCCGGCGCUUUCUCGAAGACGGUCGCUUCUUGCAUUGCUUAUCCACACGAAGUAGCAAGGACGCGACUGAGAGAGGAGGGAGAUAAAUAUCGCAAAUUCUGGCAGACCUUGCACACAGUUUGGAUGGAGGAAGGAUAUCGCGGAGUUUAUAGGGGCCUUGGUACACAACUGGUUCGUCAAAUACCGAACACAGCAAUCAUGAUGUCCACGUACGAGGCCGUUGUGUAUCUGCUGACAACACACUUUAAUAGUUCCUUCUAUGAGAACACUUAG